CAUUCGCACAUUUCCAAAGAUGAGGAGUCGUACGACUUGACAGAAGGCAGAAAUUGCGACGACGGAAAGAUGUUUCAUGUGAAGCCUUGGCCAAAGUUCAGUUGUGCUUCUUCCCCACAAGUCAAUGAUGGGUGCAUGUUGAUGUCACCAAUUCACACACGAUGGAAUUACGAAAGCGACUACCUCGCGAGAGGUCCUACAUACACGAGAAGCAAGAUGUUGCCGCAAGUCUCCAGCCUCCGACAUCUCAUACCGGUCAUGGCGUGUUCAAUGGCUUGUUGGCGCUGAUCGGAUACCUGGUGCAGCUCCUGAAUUCAGUCGUCUAUGGAUCCACAAAGAAAGACUUACGGCAAGAGGAAGAUGCAGACGAGGACAAGAGCGAUGAAGAGGCGGUACUGCUGGGGCACACGUGUCGUGGAUUGAUAGCGGUUCGCGAAAGGCGACGCAAGAGAAGCACAGCAAUCAUUCUGUCUAGCAAUCGCGAUGGAGAGGCACCGUCUGCAUUGAAGCAUGCCGCUGCCGCAUACCACUUUUUGCGUGCAGAAACACACCCCAGACUUCUUGGCUGUCUCUCAUCAGGCCCACCCAUCAUCCUCGAACACGCCCCCCUCGGCAAUGUCCACGCCCUCGUCUCCUCCAAGAUCGCAUAUCCUUCCCUCGCCCAUCCAUCAAUACCAAGCAGACAUGCCGCGCUAGCUCUUCCACUGUCCUGGCUCCUCCAAACUUCCUCCGCUCUCCGCUUCCUCCACGAUCAGAAAGUCACCCAUGGCGCUAUAUCCCCAAGCUCCCUCUUCCUGCGCUCAGAUAUGUCAAUCGCCAUCACAGACUUUACAAAGAGUACCAUAAACGGCCACAAUAAUGGUGUACCUACUAGAGCGCCAAAGGACUUUGCUUUCCCAGUCGAUGCACUCCGCUAUGAUUACUUUGACGGCGAGUUAUCUGCCAAUUCUCAAUCCAAGGUGACAAUAUCAUCGGUGUCAAGGAGUCUGUCAAAGACUUUGCGGAAGCAUACCACCCAUCAUGGAGGUUUGAGGGCUGAGGACAUCGAGACUGUGUACGAACACAAGGCAUAUGUUCUCCUCAAUCCAGCAAAAGAAAGAAGCUACCAUCUUCGAGAUGACAUAGCCACGAAAGAAAUCAAGUCAGUUUGCUUGUCGUCUUAUUUUCACCCUUCGACGUGUAAUCAAAGAGCUCCAGAGUGGUUCGAACACACUGUUCCAGGUUCCGCGAGUCGGUAGGUUUGGUCUGAGAGGAUAACCCCCUCAGCCGUUCCACCCUGUUCCGUGAAGAGAGGGAUAUCUGGAAAGACUAUGUGCUCGAGAUCGCU